GCUCUAUUUGGACCUUUUUCGCUUGACCAGCGGGUUUCCGUUGUGUGCAAAGAUUUCUGCGCAACACAAGAAAAUGAGGGAAGAAGGAAAAAGAAUUUAAAAAUUAAUAAAAAAAUUUCUUUCUGUUUAACCUUUACGCUUCCUCCUCUUUUAUCUUACAAAACCAAAACGUUUUCAUCUUCUGCAGUUUUUGCUUUCAGCUUUUGAAAUUUCCAAUUCAAGAGGUCAUUGAUCUUGGGAUCAGAAGAUGACUACGAAAGGCUCUGAUUCGUCUCAGGCAAAUGUAGGUCCACCCGCUCCAGUGCGGGUCCCAGACCCGGAUCCUGCUCCGCCUGGAGCUGGACCUUCACCAGGCCAACCACCUGGUCCGCCACCUGGUGCGGUUGAUCCUCUUUCUCGUCCCGACAAUGGGGUUUUCAAGAGUGGACCACUGUUUAUACAAUCCAAAGGAAUUGGAUGGACAUCCUGGAAGAAGAGGUGGUUUAUUUUAACACAUACUUCUCUGGUUUUCUUCAGAAGUGAUCCAAGUGUUGUUCCUCAAAAGGGGAGUGAAGUGAAUUUGACCCUUGGUGGUAUUGACCUCAACAAUUCAGGCAGUGUGGUUGUCAAAGCAGAAAAAAAACUAUUGACAGUACUCUUUCCUGAUGGUCGUGAUGGACGAGCCUUCACGCUUAAGGCUGAAACUUUAGACGAUUUGUACGAGUGGAAGACUGCACUUGAGAAUGCUUUGGCACAAGCUCCAAGUACUGCUUCAGUAAUGGGGCAAAAUGGCAUCUGCAACAAUGAUCAGGCUGAGACACCUAAUGGCUCGAUAGAACAGUCAAACAAUAAACCUGUGAAAUUAAGAGUCAUUGGUCGACCAAUUUUACUUGCUUUGGAAGAUGUUGAUGGAACUCCAUCUUUUUUGGAAAAAGCCCUUAGGUUUAUUGAGGAGCAUGGUGUCAAAGUAGAAGGAAUCCUGAGACAAGCUGCAGAUGUUGAUGAUGUUGAACGCAGAAUUCGAGAAUUUGAGCAGGGAAAAACUGAAUUUUCUUCUGAGGAAGAUGCACAUAUUGUUGCUGAUUGUGUCAAGUAUUUUAUACGGGAGUUGCCCUCCUAUCCAGUACCUGCAUCUUGCUGCAAAGCUCUUCUGGAAGCACGUCGAACUGAUCGUGGCAGUGGAAUCAAUGCUAUACGUACUGCAAUAUGUGAAACAUUCCCUGAGCCAAAUCGUCGCUUACUGCAGAGAAUACUUACAAUGAUGCAAACUGUUGCUUCUAACAAAAAUGUAAAUCGAAUGAGCACUUCUGCUGUUGCGGCUUGCAUGGCACCCUUACUUCUUCGUCCCCUUCUAGCUGGUGAUUGUGAGAUAGAAACUGAUUUUGAUGUGGGUGUUGAUAGCUCUGUUCAACUUCUGCAAGCAGCUGCUGCAGCCAAUCAUGCUCAAGCCAUUGUCAUAACAUUAUUGGAAGAGUAUGAUAAUAUAUUUGGUGAAGGUUCUUUGUCACCUGGAUUGUACUCAGAAGAAAGCGAAAGUGAAACUGAGGAGGCUUCUGAUGAUGAUGGGUCCUAUGAAGAUAAUGAAGACGAUGAUACCCAUGACUCUGAUGCAAGUACAGAUGAUGAUCUUGAAAAUGCAUCAAGUGGACCACGCAGUGAGAGUUGUGGCCCUUCUUCAAACAGUGAUCAGGAUGACUAUAAGAUGCAGGAUUUCAGCUUCGGUUCUAAGCGUCCUGAUCCUACUGCUUUGCAGAUGCAAGAUUCGAGCUCAGGCUCCGAGUCUCCUGAGAGUAGUGAUAAUCUUAAAGUCAGUCAGAAGGCAUCAUCAAGUACACAGCAGAUUUCAAUGCCUCAACAGGAAGACGUAAAGAGGAGUGAGACUAUUCUAAAUCAGGGUGAAACUAAUUUGACAACACAGGCUAAUGAACCUGCUAAACAAGUAGAAAAUGUAUCUAAAGGAACAAGUUCAGAGCAUAAUAUAAGCAGUCAUAAUCCGAUCUCAUGCAUGCAGAAAUCUAUGAGCAUACCAAAUGGACCUGAGCCUGAUGCCAGUAGUGCCACUGUUUGUGGACAAACUGCUGUAAAGAAGAACCGUUCCAUGAAAUCCGAUGACUCAAUCAUUGAAGAUGAGGCUGAGAUCCAGAGGCUUGAGGCUACUAAAUCUGAGUUGCAAAAAAGAAUUGCAGAUGAGGUAAAAGGAAAUGAGAUUCUCCUAGCUGGUUUGGAAAGACGGAAGAAGGCCAUACAUGAACGCCGUCUAGCUCUUGAGAAAGAUGUGGCUAGAUUACUUGAUCAGUUGCAAAAUGAGAGAGAGAAGAAAACAACUCUAGAAUCAGUACUUAACAUAUCUAAGGGCUCUAAAUCCAGUCCUGCAACAAAUGACGAAAAGACGAAGGUAGAGAUUGAAGAAAUAGGUCGAGCAGAAUCAGAAGUUGGCAGUUUGCAGCAGAAGCUUGAUGAUCUUGGAGUGAAGCUGAAUCAACAACUUCAAAAAAACUAUGGUUCCACAGGUGAUUCAGGCAAUCAGCUCCAACAAACAUCAGCAAAGUUGAAGGACAAAAAAGGGGACACUGAAGCUUCUGCUCCUUCUCAUGUUUCUGAAAGGUCAAGCAAGGAUAUUUGUCGGGUUGGUGCUGUGAAAAGUACCAGUCAUGAGAAGAAGCGGGAAUCAACUUCUAAGCCGAAUAAAAAUUCAUCUCAAAACCAGCAGCUGGAUUCGACUUCCAAGCCGAAUACAAAUUCAUCCCAAAACCAGCAGCUGGAUUCAAAUUCCAAGCCGAAUAAAAAUUCAUCCCAAAACCAGCAUCUGGAUUCAACUUCCAAGCCGAAUAAAAAUUCAUCCCAAAACCAACAGCUGGAUUCAACUUACAAGCCGAAUAAAAAUUCAUCCCAAAACCAACAGCUGGAUUCAACUUCUAAGCCGAAUAAAAAUUCAUCUCAAAACCAGCAUCUGGAUUCAACUUCUAAGCUGAAUAAAAAUUCAUCUCAAAACCAGCAGCUGGAUUCAACAAAUAAUAGCAACACCAAGCCUCCUGCUUCAAGCAAUACCAAGAAAUCUGGUUCAAAGGGUGAGGGAAGCAACUCCAGUUCUUUAUCAUUGUCAAAGUUGACAACCAGACUCAACUUUCUGAAGGAACGGCGCAAUCAGAUAGCAUGUGAACUUCAAAAUUAUCGAGGUUCUCAAGCUGCCCGAAGUCAAGAUAAAAGUAGGGGCUCGGAAACCCAGAACACAGACAAGUCUCAAGGAUCAGAAGCCGGCAGAGAAGGUCACAAUUCCCAAUCACUCCAAAACAUGGACAAACGAACAGAAACCGGAAAAGUUCAGGAAAUCAAAUAGCCGGUCAGUCCAGAAUGUGGAUGGGGGCGGAAGAUCAGAAGGCCAACUUAACAAGCUUUGGAAAGAAGAAGAUCUGAAAGUCAUGUGAGCUAUGAUGGUGAACAAAGUCAAGGACCUGGAGGCCAAUCUGUCAUGCCCUCUCGUAUGUUCUUAUUCCAGAUGAUACCAUGAUUUCUACAUUUCUCAUUCAUUAUUUGUGCACAGGCAGGAUGAAUUAUGUCAUCAACAAUGCUCAAUGUUGUUAAAAGCGCGUGGAAGCUGAGACUGUUUAUCGGAAAAAAAAACCUGCAACAUUUUCAGUGUGAGUCCAGAGACCCAUUCUUCCUUGAGAAAGUUUGGGAUGUACAGAUCAGCCAAAUGACUAAUUUUAAUCAUAUCUAUUUGUUGUUUUCCUCGUUAGAGACCGAGCAGUGUUGUAUUAUAUAGUAAUUUGCAUCUUUUUAUAUGGGGCAAAUUUAAUAAAUUAAUUUUAGUUAAA